AUGAGUCAGACUGGGAACAAGACGCCCAGGGAUUUGUCGCCUGUCCCUACGAUUGCCUCAAUAGACCGUCCACCUGACGAACAUGAGGGCAUCCCUGUUUCAAAGAUAUACAAGCCGUAUUCAAUCCAUGUCGUCGCCCUCCUCAUCCCAGCUUCCAUCUUCGGCCUCCUUGCGAGACUCGGAUUGGAGGCACUCGCCACAUAUGAUGGCCAGAGCAUCUUUCUAUUGGCAUACCCUCAAGCCGUCGGCUGCCUCAUUAUGGGUUUUGCCGUCCAUCUGAAGGCACCCUUUGGCCAAUUUUAUGGACCACUGUAUACUGCAGUGACCACAGGCUUCUGUGGCUCGCUGACUACAUUUUCCAGUUGGCAAGUCGACAUAUUUGAGUCAUGGCUCAACUCGUCAGACUACCACAGAGGUGGUCUUCGUGAUUUCAUCGAUGGCGUCGGCAAGACAGCCUUUACGCUCUCCAUCUCGCUCGCUUCUCUUUCCUUCGGGUCCUCUAUCGCAAAGCUCAUAGCGCCACGCCUCCCAAAGAUUCCUCCACCAACCUUCCCUAUCCGUUAUUCCAUUUCUGCCUUGUGUAUCCUCAUCUACGCUGCCACGUUCCCGCUGUACUUUCGGCUCGACCCCGAUUUCAGACACCAAGCCAUCUCGGCCUUGCUCUUCGCCUUUCCCGGCGCCCUCACCCGCUACGUUCUAUCGACGCAGCUCAACCCCUUACUGUCAUCCUUCCCCGUGGGCACCUUCGCCGCAAAUUCGCUUGCGACAGCGUUCCUAGCCGUCUUUCAUGUGCUGCAAAGAAAGACACCGAGCAUUCCGUGGUCUGCCUGCUCUACCCUGCAGGGCCUGUCUGAUGGCUAUUGUGGGUGUUUAUCAACCGUCAGUACGUUUGCGGUAGAGGUGAAGACCCUGAAGCGUUGGUCCAACGUGCGGUAUGUCUUGGCUAGCUGGGUAACUGCUCAGCUACUCUUACUCGUUAUCAUCGGUCCGGCUUUGCUUUCGCAGAGUGUAUCGGAACGGACGAUGUGUUCCUUUGAUCCUUGA